CAGUCCCUGCACCCUCACCUCCAGCGUCGUUUCGCCAAAAUCCUUUACCCUGCCACCCCCGAACACAUCCCUGAACCGAAUACCAAGGGGGUGUCCUGGAUUUGGGAGCCUUUGAAACUUUGGAGGAAAAGACUUCAUUCCCAGUACUGCUGGCUCUUGCCUGCCGGGAACCCCGCCAGGGGGUGCCGGCCCGGGGUCAAGGUCCUGCCCUCGGCCCCUACACCCAGCAGGCUGGAGUCCUUGGAGGCGGCGGGAGCUCCAGUCCACUCCCCCAAGCUCCAGUUCCUGAUUUCCGCGGGAGCUGCGGGCGGAGGGAGGGGGCCGCAGAGUGAGCGUGAGGAUUUGAAUGAGAAAGCAGGUUGUGUGGCCCCGCGCCCCGCUCUUCCCAGCCCGGCCCGGCUCGCUGGGGAGGAGGGGUUUGCUGACUGGUGGGGGACGAAGUGCCCUUUUGGGGGGCUUUCCAGACCCUUGACAGGGUUUCGGAGUUGGAGCCACAGGAGUCGGUAACUCAUCACCCCAGCACUUUGGAGGUGGCUCCUGUGCCGAGGACCCCGAAGAAUCCUUCCUCUGCCGAACCCUCAAAGUUGAGCAGGGCAAUUUGGUUUUGAUGCUGUGCCAGAACUCCUGCGACGAUGAGUUACUGGAACUCAGAGAAACGGAACUGUGUGCAGUACCGCAGGCAUUUUCUGGUGGACAACAGCGUGUUUCACGUUGAAAGAUGCAUGAGUGUAAUGCAGUCCGGGACACAGAUGAUCAAACUGAAGCGUGGGACCAAAGGGCUCGUCCGGCUCUUUUACCUGGAUGAGCACCGGACCCGCCUCCGAUGGAGACCCUCCAGGAAGAGUGAGAAGGCAAAAAUACUUAUCGACUCCAUUUACAAAGUCACCGAGGGUCGGCAGUCUGAAAUAUUCCACAGACAAGCUGAGGGGAACUUUGACCCCAGCUGCUGCUUUACCAUCUACCAUGGCAACCACAUGGAGUCCCUGGACCUCAUCACCUCCAACCCCGAGGAGGCCCGCACCUGGAUCACAGGCCUCAAGUACCUGAUGGCCGGCAUCAGUGAUGAAGAUUCCCUUGCCAAAAGGCAAAGGACUCAUGACCAGUGGGUGAAGCAGACCUUUGAGGAAGCUGAUAAGAAUGGUGAUGGCUUAUUGAAUAUUGAAGAGAUACACCAAUUGAUGCAUAAACUAAAUGUCAACCUACCCCGAAGAAAAGUCAGACAAAUGUUUCAGGAAGCUGAUACUGAUGAGAAUCAGGGAACUUUGACAUUUGAAGAGUUCUGUGUUUUUUACAAAAUGAUGUCAUUGAGACGGGACCUUUAUUUGUUGCUCUUGAGCUACAGUGACAAGAAAGAUCACCUAACUGUGGAAGAAUUGGCUCAAUUUUUAAAGGUGGAACAAAAGAUGAAUAAUGUGACAACAGACUAUUGCCUUGACAUCAUAAGGAAAUUUGAAGUUUCAGAAGAAAAUAAGGCGAAAAACGUUCUUGGCAUAGAAGGCUUCACCAGCUACAUGCGAAGUCCCGCUUGUGAUAUAUUUAACCCAUUGCACCACGAAGUGUACCAGGACAUGGAUCAGCCCCUGUGUAACUACUACAUCGCAUCCUCUCACAACACGUACCUGACUGGGGACCAGCUCCUCUCUCAGUCCAAGGUGGACAUGUACGCUCGGGUGCUACAAGAGGGCUGUCGCUGUGUGGAAGUUGACUGUUGGGAUGGCCCAGAUGGAGAGCCAGUCGUUCACCACGGUUAUACUCUCACUUCAAAAAUCCCCUUCAGAGAUGUUGUGGAGACCAUCAACAAGCACGCCUUUGUGAAAAAUGAGUUCCCGGUCAUACUGUCGAUCGAGAAUCACUGCAGUGUCCAGCAGCAAAGGAAGAUUGCUCAGUACCUGAAAGGAAUAUUCCAGGACAAACUGGACCUAUCAUCCAUAGACCCAGGAGAGACCAAGCAGCUUCCAAGUCCUCAAAGUCUGAAAGGCAAAAUCCUAGUGAAGGGUAAGAAGCUGCCUUAUCACCUUGGAGAUGAUGCAGAGGAAGGGGAUGUCUCUGAUGAAGACAGUGCCGAUGAAAUUGAAGAUGAGUGCAAGUUCAAGCUCCAUUAUAAUAACGGGACCACUGAGCACCAGGUGGAGUCUUUCAUAAGGAAAAAACUGGAAUCACUGUUAAAAGAAUCUCAGAUUCGAGACAAAGAAGAUCCUGAUAGUUUCACAGUGAGGGCUCUACUGAAGGCCACGCAUGAAGGCUUACAUGCACACCUGAAGCAGCAUCCAGAUGUGAAGGAGAGUGGAAAGAAAUCACAUGGACGAUCCCUCAUGACCAACUUUGGAAAACAUAAGAAAACCACAAAAUCACAGUCUAAAUCUUACAGUACUGAUGAUGAGGAGGAUGCACAACAGAAUCCUGGCAAGGAGAUAGGCCAGCUGUACAGGUUGGGUCGCCGGAGGAAAACCAUGAAGCUCUGCCGAGAGCUGUCUGAUUUGGUGGUGUACACAAACUCUGUGGCAGCCCAAGACAUCGUGGAUGAUGGAACCACAGGAAAUGUGUUAUCAUUCAGUGAAACAAGAGCACACCAGGUGGUUCAGCAGAAAUCAGAGCAGUUUAUGAUUUAUAACCAAAAGCAACUCACAAGGAUUUACCCCUCUGCCUACCGCAUUGACUCCAGUAACUUCAACCCACUGCCCUACUGGAACGCAGGCUGCCAGCUAGUGGCACUGAACUACCAGUCUGAAGGGCGAAUCAUGCAGUUAAACCGAGCCAAAUUCAAGACAAAUGGAAACUGUGGCUAUGUCCUCAAACCCCAGCAAAUGUGCAAAGGUACUUUCAACCCUUUCUCUGGUGAUCCACUUCCUGCCAACCCCAAAAAGCAGCUCAUCCUGAAAGUGAUCAGUGGACAACAACUUCCCAAACCUCCAGACUCCAUGUUUGGAGACCGAGGAGAGAUCAUCGAUCCUUUUGUUGAAGUUGAAAUUAUUGGAUUGCCAGUAGAUUGCUGUAAAGAUCAAACCCGUGUGGUGGAUGACAAUGGAUUUAACCCUGUGUGGGAAGAAACCCUGACAUUUACAGUACACAUGCCAGAAAUAGCUUUGGUUCGGUUCCUUGUGUGGGAUCACGAUCCUAUUGGACGAGACUUCGUUGGGCAAAGAACUGUGACCUUCAGCAGCUUAGUGCCUGGCUACCGGCAUGUCUAUUUGGAAGGGCUGACAGAAGCAUCCAUAUUUGUCCACAUAACAAUCAAUGAAAUCUUUGGAAAGAACAGACAGCUCCAAGGUCUGAAGGGACUGUUCAAUAAAAACCCCAGGCACAGUUCUUCAGAAAGCAAUUCCAAUUACGUCCGGAAGCGAUCGAUUGGAGAUCGGAUUCUGCGCCGCACAGCCAGCGCGCCGGCCAAAGGCAGAAAAAAGAGCAAAAUGGGCUUCCAGGAAGUGGUGGAGGUAAAGGACUCUGUGUCUGAGGCUGCAAGGGAUCAGGAUGGUGUGGUGAGGAGGACCACGAGGAGCCUGCAGGUGCGCCCGGUCUCGAUGCCUGUUGACAAGUGCUUUCUGGGGGCUUUGUCGCUGCCUGUAUCCGAAACAGCAAAAGACACCGAUGGAAAAGAAAACUCUCUGGCAGAAGAUGAGGAUGGCAGCAGAAAUGGGAAGGCAAGUAUAAAAGAUCAACACUUUCCACAUUUCAGCAAAAAGUUAUCCUCUUCCUCCAGCGCUCUCCUCCACAAAGACAUCAGCCAAGGGGACUCUGCUGUUUCUACUACCAAGAUGUCAAUCACAGAACAGGAGGGAGUGCCAGGUCCCAAGGGUGGGAGAACCAAACCAACAGUGUCAGGUGAUGGCCAGGAACACCGCUGCCACAACAAAUCCCUCUCCCCAAGGAAGCAUUUGGUUCUUAAUCCUGCAGCUAACCUAACGCAUGAUCGGUACGGUGUGAAAACUAAGGAGAAUGGGAAUGCCGGGGGCUUUGUGGAAGGGAAAAGCACCUUGUCAGGAAGCAUCCUUUCUCAGAGCGAUCUGGAAAUUAAAAACGUGGAUGGUAAUUGCGGUAAGGGUCGAGCUACAACAUCCUUUUCUUUGUCAGACGUCUCUAUGCUCUGUCCUGACACACCUGACUUACAUUCUACCGAAAUUCUGCAGGAGAGUGACAUUUCCCAUCUUAUCGACAAUGUCACUUUAACGAAUGAGAAUGAGCCAGGCAGCUCCAUCUCAGCACUGAUUGGCCAGUUUGAGGAGACCAGGGAUCAGGCUAACCUCACAGUUGUUUCUCCUCUUCAUGGCACCCGUAUGAGGUCAGACCAUCCUCCCUUGCCCACCAUGGACCUAAAAAUGCCCUUCCAGCAUGACUUUCCCAAGGGAAAACCCAAGGCAUCCUUACUCUGCUCAACUCCUGAGCAGAUUGCAUUCUUAAGUCCUGAGGCCCCUGAACGCUCAACACACACAGUGGUUUGUGAAACUGCCUGCACUCCUAACGUCUCUAAAGACAAACUAGAUGGUGACCCUUCUGCUAAGGCCAAGACAGGGGCCACGGAAAGCAACCUGCCAUGUUCCUCUAACACUUCUCACUGCUGGUUACCAAAAAGUCCCACCGAUGGGAAAGACUGGGAAAUCCUGAAGAACAGCCUUGCCCCUUCCACCGACCUGACCCUGGGAGACGGAAUAGCUGACCCCACACUCUGUCUCAUUUCUGGGGAGAGCAGUCUUGUGGAAAUCGAUGGAGACUCAGAAAAUCUGUCUAUAACCACCUAUGAUUAUAGGCGAGAAGGCACAAGUCCCCUUGCUUCUCCUUUCAAACUGAAGUACAGCCGGGAUGUGGUGGACCAUUUCCAAAGAGGCUUGAGAAACGGCUACUGCAAAGCCACUCUCCACCACCCUCCUGUCUCAGAAAUAUUCAACACUAGUCAAGAUGUCAAAAAUCAAAGUCGUUCUUGUCGAGCCUAUCAGGGUGCUGGUUUUAUGCACAAGCACUUCUCCAACUCAGAUGCAAAAAUGAACCAGACCUGCGUGCCCCCGUCUGGUGCCCAAGACUUGCAUGCCCCUGCGCCCAGGCAGCCCCAGCAGCCUCCUCUGCCUGUCCUGAAGCUGCCCAGUCCUUGCAAAUCCAAAAGCCUGGGGGACUUAACGUCGGAGGACAUCGCCUGCAAUUUCGAAAGCAAAUACCAGUGUAUCAGUAAGAGUUUUGUGACAACGGGCAUCCGAGACAGGAAGGGUGUGGCUGUGAAGACACAGUCGUUAGAGCCUAUGGAUGCCCUGACCGAGCAGCUGCGGAAACUCGUGUCCUUGGAGCAGGAAGACAGCUGCCAGGUGCUGUAUGCAAAGCAGGAUGCCAAUCAGCUCCCCAGGGCGCUGGUCAGAAAGCUGUCAUCCAGGAGUCAGAGCAGAGUGCGCAAUAUUGCCAGCCGGGCCAAGGAGAAGCAGGAAGCCAACAAGCAAAAGGGUGUGAACUCCACCCACGUGGGUGGAGUGGUUCUUCGAAACAAGCCCGCGGCGCCCGCGCCCGCGGGGAACCGGCACUCCACGGGCUCCUACAUAGCCGGCUAUCUGAGCAAUGCCAAGGGCAGCGGCGUGGAGGGCCGGGGCAUCCCCGAGGGCGCAUGCACAGCCCUGCACGCAGGCCACACCGACCAGCUUUGUUCGGAUCAUUCUGUUUUGCAGACAGAGCCAAGCAGCGAUGAUAAGCCAGAAAUUUAUUUUCUUUUGAGACUGUGAUGCCGCAUUUUCCAUGUUUACAAGGUAUUGUGUGGGACUGUCAAGAGUUUUCAGUAAACAGGGUCCUUGGCUUUGAAAAGAUUUGGACGUGUAUUUUUAAACUUGUCUUUUGGUCUGCCUUUGACUCCAUGAGUUCUUCCUGCGUUUAUGUAUAGAUUUGGGUGGCACUCCCCACACACCUAUAUGAUCUUUCUCCCGUGUGGUGUAAACUCUGUCGGUAUGAAAUAUGUGCAUGCCCUACAUGCGAACCUUCUCAGCGGCUUGGGUGACAGUGUACGUAUGUUUCACUUCUAAUCACAGUCACCAAUGUAGUCAUUUUCACUCUCUAACCUGAGUUAGCUAAGAAGCUUUGCAAAGGAUGGAGGGAUGAAUUCUUUAUUUUAAAGCCAUCGUCAUCGUUCCUAUUUUCCCUCCUUUGUUGAGAAGCCCAGAUGCGUUUUUACAACUCAGUUAAAAGGUGGUUAAAAUAGUUACCUUACCUUUUAAGAUUUCUCUCCCCCAACCAGAAUAAGAGUUCUGGUAGCUACUCCCCCCUGCCCCAGACCCUCUCAUUUUACAGCAGGCGGUGAGGGGGUGGAAUAAAGCAAACUCCUGUAUAUAAGGACAAACUUGUUUGUUUUACAUAAAUUUUGUUACAUAUUUUUGCUAAUGGCUUUGUAUGUAACAAGAACACAGUUGCCAAAGCUGUUUGUUGUACUUUUGAAUUUUCUGAUUAAAUUAUAGGCUGCAAAUAAUGGCUUUCAGAAUGAGGGACUUCCAGACACUAACAAUGGUAGCAGAAAUUGAAAGCUUCCCCCAAAGCUUUUGAGAGAAAAAAAAAAAAACCCACAAAACUUUAUCCUAAUAAAACCCAAGUGAAUAGAUAAUUAGAAGAAAUCUUUUCCUUCAGGGAGCCAAGUAACUAUAUUUUAGUACCCACAUACAUUAUUUUCACUGUGAAUCCAUUUUUUAUUGCAUGUUCAGAUGUCUCUCUUUGCUUUUUUGUAACAUUCACUGCAAUGAUGUUCUCCGGGAAUUCAUGAAAAUAUAAUUAAAGCAGAUUUUUAAACA